GGUGAAUAUUGACCAGAAGCCAACAUCGUCACCCUCAUCCCCGUCGUCGCCAUCAUGGGUUCUAUCGAAGAAGAGAACAACAAACCUCCAGUCGUAUGCGUAUUCUGCGGCACCUCAGCAGGCAAAGAUCCCUCCCAUCUCGAAGCCGCCCGCUCCCUCGCCCAAUCCCUCCAUAAGAAUGGCGCAAAACUCAUCUUCGGCGGCGGAACAUCCGGCCUCAUGGGCGAAGUCGCCUCCCACCUCGUAACCCUCUCCGGUCCCUCCUCCGCCCACGGCAUAAUCCCCAACGCUCUCAUGGCCUUUGAACGAAAAUACACCAACGAAGAAGAUUGCAAAGAAAACGGCAUGUCGGAACAAAAACAAAAAGAUGACGAAAAAUUCGGGAAAACGACAAUUGUACCGGAUAUGCAUACACGGAAGAAGAAAAUGGUCGAGGAAGUUUUGGCUGGAGGGAAAGGAAGUGGGUUUGUGGCUAUUAGUGGGGGGUAUGGGACUUUGGAGGAGUUGAUGGAGAUCGCAACAUGGAACCAACUCGGAAUUCACGACAAACCCGUCGUGGUGUAUAAUGUUGAUGGGUAUUGGGAUGGGUUAUUACAAUGGGUAAAGAAAGCUGUGGGGUCGGGUUUUGUUGCGGAAGGGAAUGCUACGAUUAUGGCGGAGGCGACGACGGCUGAAGAGGUUAUGGCGAAAUUGGCGAAUUAUAAGAAAGCUGUGGGGAGAUUGGAAUUGGAUUGGGAGAAGGAGGAGGAAUAGAUUUUAUCCAUAUCAUGGCGCUG